AUGAAUAUGGGCAAAAGAGUGAAUUACUCUCUGAGAGGUUCCUAUCAGACCAGAUGUGAAGCCGCAGCGCUCUCCUUUAACUCAGGCGGAGAAUACCAUCCCGUCAUUAAUAUGGCCAUUUUUGGAAACAGUCCAAGGAUUUUUCAUAAAAAGUAUUACCAGCAAAGGAUGACACAGAAUGCGAGAAUUAAAGCAAAGAGAGUAUUGAUGGCGAAACGAAGGAAAAUUUUCAAGAAGCACCUUCCUGAUAAAGAUUACGGCCCAAAUGCUUACUAUGUGCCCUUAGACCUGAACAGUCAAGAGUAUAUAGGAAAAGCAGAAGAUUUCCUAAAGGCGCUAAAGAAAACAACUGACGAAAUCAUAAGAAUAGAAAGAAACACACUUGGCCAAAAAUCCAAUCCACAAUGGUUACAGGAAAGAUCUCUAAGGAUAACGGCGUCUAAUUUCGGACAAAUUUGUAAAAUGCGCCCCACAACUUCGCCAAGUUUUGGUUUAAAUAUCACCUCUGGAACAGAAAAUGCAUGUAGGAAUGUGAAAUUUUGUUUAGUUUCUGUAACAGGCGAUAACUUGGGAGUUCAUACAAUUUUCGGAUUAAACGAAUCGUUUGCUUCCACUCACUACUGUAUGUUUUGUAUUGCAUCAAAAUGUACCAUGAAAACUCAAACUGUUGAAAAUUCGAAACUUCUGAGAGAUAAAAGUGAAUACGAAGUACAUGUGGUCGAUAAACUUGGAAUAAAGGAAUACUGUAUAAUAUGGCACAAACUUCCAAAUUUUUGUAUCUAUGAAAAUUUGUGUUGCGAUGUAAUGCAUGAUCUUUUUGAGGGUGUACUCCGGUAUGACAUGGCACUUAUAAUAUUUAAAUUGAUUGAGGAAAAACAUUUUACCAUUGAUAGGCUUAAUUCAAGAAUAAAAUAUUGCAGCUACGAAAAUUCGGAAAAAAAUUUUUGCCCUGGGAUAAAAAAAGAACAUCUAUCAAAUGAUGGAUGUCUCAUUAUGUCGGCUGCUGAAAUGAUGUGCCUGACAAGAAAUUUCGCAUUUAUUGUAGGAGAUUUGGUACCAGUAGACAAUAAAACUUGGGAGUUUUAUUUGAUUACUCUUAAAAUGGUCCAAGCUAUCACGUCUCCAGCUUCCACAAGUUCAACUUCUGAACUUCUUACAUCUCUCAUCCAAGAUCAUAACGAACAGUAUAUGAAAUUAGAAUAUUUGGAACAAGACACUUCUUGUUUGCAACAAUAUUCUGAUAUUUUGCCUGCAGACAUUAAUUUGCAAAAUACAGAUGACUCUUCAGAAAGCGAAUAA